AUUUGGCAGCCAGAUAUCUAUAAUUAAAUGGAAGAAAAAUACAAUGGAGUAGAUGUAGAUCAGUGAAGAUUUCAUAUUGAUUUUGACCCUUUUAGGCAUACAAUUUGAGAAUUUAUUGUAAAAUUAUGGUGUUAAUUUAUUAUCUAAUCCCAGAAAGGCAGACCAGUGUAUCAAUUGAAGGCUUAAACUUGUCAACGUUUGAGCCACCUAUGGCACCAGCAAUUGAAAUUCAGAAACUCAGGAUUUUUGUUGCAACUUGGAAUGUUGGAGGAACGACUCCCACCCAGGGCCUGAAUCUUGAAGAUUUCCUUCAGGUUGAAGGGUGCUCUGAUAUAUAUGUUUGUGGGUUUCAGGAAAUUGUUCCACUGAGUGCUGGAAAUGUUCUUGUAGUUGAGGACAAUGAGCCGGCGGCAAAAUGGCUAGCCCUCAUAUAUCAUGCACUAAACAAACCAUGUAAUGAUUCAAUCUAUUCAUCUUCAGAUACAUCUCCAGGUUCCAGGCUCCAAAAAAGUAACAACAAUAACAACUCAAAGGAGGUAAAAUCACCAAGCAGCUUGAACUUCUUCCAGAAGCCGAAUCUGAAACUCCUGAGCAGAAAUUUAAGGGCUGACAGUGCCCUUUUGAAGGCCUGUAAUUGCCCUCUGGAGUCACGGGCAAGGGAGUGGAGAAGAAUAAGAAAGAUCAGUGAUCGGACAAUGUGUAAACUUGACACUGAUUGUCUGAAACCUCACAGCCAUGGAAGUAUUGAAGAGUUAUUAUCAGUGGUUGAGCUUCCUGAUGACUCAUCACAUUGUUCAUCACCAAGCGAGAUGAGUUAUUGCCUUGUAGCAAGCAAGCAAAUGGUUGGAAUUUUCCUCUCAAUAUGGGUUAGAAAAGACUUGGUGCCUCACAUUGGUCAUCUCAGAUUUUCUUCAGUGGGAAGAGGCAUCAUGGGAUGUUUUGGCAACAAGGGAUGCACAUCAAUAAGCAUGACAGUGCACAACACAAGUUUUUGCUUCGUGUGUAGUCACUUAGCUUCAGGGGAGAAGGAGGGAGAUGAACUCAAAAGAAAUGCCGAUGUCGCCGAGAUCCUUAAGAGCACUCAGUUUCACAAAAUUUGCAAGAGUCCAAAUCCUAUAGCCCCAGAAAGAAUAAUUGAUCACGACCGAGUGAUUUGGCUUGGAGAUUUAAACUAUAGAGUGUCACUGAGCUAUGAAGAAACAAGGGUCCUAUUGGAAGAUAAUGACUGGGACUCCCUGCUUGAGAAAGAUCAGUUGAAUAAAGAGAGGGAAGCAGGGAGGACCUUCAGUGGAUUUAGUGAGGGAAGGAUUUUCUUUGCUCCGACCUACAAGUACUCACAUAAUUCAGAUAAUUAUGCCGGCGAAACUGUUAAAUCCAAGAAGAAACGGCGAACCCCAGCUUGGUGCGACAGGAUAUUGUGGCGUGGCAAUGGCAUCGAACAGUUAUCAUAUAUUCGCGGCGAAUCAAGAUUUUCGGAUCAUAGACCUGUUUGUGCUGUGUUUUCAGUGGAGGUGGAGAAGGAUGUAGUGAAUAAAAUCAGCAUUAACAGGUUGAGGAAGGGAUUUUCUUGUGCGAAUCAAAAAUUCGAAUAUGAAGAUUGCAUACCUCAAAGGCAUAGCUUUUAUGAUUACUGACUAAAAAGCUUAGAAGUUGUACAUUUUAUUAAGAUCACAAAAAAAGUUUUCACUUAACCCUGUGUAUUAUUUUUCAAUUAUUGUAGCAAGUGGCCUCUGGAAUAUAUAAGUAGGAAAUUGAUUCAAUUAAUUUCACUAUGUCUUUCAAUGACAUCAUAAA